AUGAACAGCACGAAGGCUCCUCUGUCCGUCGCCAUCAUCGGUGGCGGGAUGGGCGGGCUGGCCGCGGCUUGCGCUAUGGGACGCGCGGGCUUGAAGGUCGACAUCUUUGAACAAGCACCUGCGUUCGGAGAGGUCGGAGCGGGUCUCAAUCUCGGACCGAAUACCGUUCGGACUCUGGGUUUCAUGGGUUUAGGAGAGGCUUACGAUUCGGUCGCAGAGGUCGACAAGGCUGGCGGAUUGUUUUUCGAAUGGUGGGAUGGGAUCAAGGAUACUUACACGAAAUACCCCCGCUCUGCCGUCCAUCGAGCUAGAUUAUUGGAAUGCCUACACGACUCCCUACCAGAGACAGUGACCAUUCAUCUAGGUAUCCAGAUCCUCGGUGUGUCCAACUUACCUGAUAGCAAGAAGGCCCGCGUACACUUUACCGCCAGGGGGGUUCCUAAGGCUGAUCCUCCGAGCGUUGAUGGUGGGGCACAUAUCGCCAACGGUUCGACCCCAACAAACACACCCACGCCCAAAGAGGAAUACUUCGAAGCGGACGUCGUCGUCGGAGCAGACGGCGUCAAAUCCCUCACCCGUACCUUGCUCGAACUACCCGCUCCGGAAGAAGCCGGUGACAAGGCCGGCAAACCGAGUUCUUUCCGGUACACGGGGACUUAUUGUUAUCGAGCUCUCAUACCGAUGGAUCAGGCGUUGAAGGUCGACCCGCCGAAUUCGGAGGAGGUGGGGAAUACUUUGCAUAGGCCGAGGAUGGCUUUUGGGCCUGGAAGGCAUUUUACGAUCUUCCCGAUCGAGCAGCAUUCGAUCCUCAACGUGGUAGCUUUCGUUUCCGAUCGAUCGAAACCGAAGGAUCAACGAGAAUGGCAAGGACCUUGGUUGAAAAAGGUCGAUCAUGAGACGAUCUUGAAGGAUUUCGAAGGGUGGGAUGAACAUUACGUUAAGCUCCUCAAGCUCGUACCCGAGAGCCAGCGGAUUCAGUGGGCGAUGCACGAAGUGUUAUCACCAAACACUUGGCGGAAAGGUCGGAUUACGCUUCUUGGGGACUCGGCCCACGGGUCGUUGCCACACAACGGCUCGGGCGCGUCCAUGGCCAUCGAGGACGCCUACGUCUUGGCCGGUCUGCUCGCUCGACCGGAAUGUAAUACGGAGAAUGUUGAAGCCUUCCUGGAUGCUUAUGAAGAGGUCCGCAGGCCGCGGUCAUACAAACAGCUAUUGCAUGCCUGCGAGACGGGAGAGAUGUUUGACUGGGCGACCGACAAGUGGGGACAGGAUACCAGCGCGAUCGCCAAGGAGAUGUUGACUCGCACAGACUGGAUCUGGGAUUAUGAUAUACGAGAAGGACUGGCUGAUGCCGUCAAGAUCCUCGAAAAGAAGGGUGUGAUCGGGGCGGCUUGAUGAGGGAAUGUUAUCGAAAUAUCGAAUUGUAUCGUCAAGCAAACUGUCCUCUAUGUGUACAACUAUUG